AGCGGGAAGUUUGAAAGAAGAUAAAAGUGAAUAAUGUGUGUGGAAAGUGACAGAGUUGGAGGCCAGGACUGCGCCUCUCUGAUCAGGGAGUCUGCUGUAUGCAACACCGAGAGGAAGACGUGUUAAAGUGAGAACAGGAAGUGUGCUGGAUGCUCGGUGCCUGUGUGUGUGGACGCUGCUCCUGCUCGGCUCCUGCAGCCUCCUCCGGUCGUCGUCAUGGUGCAGAUGAUGGAGUCUCAGUGCGAGUAUUUCAUGUAUUUCCCGGCGGUGCCCAUCACGGAUCUGUCGGACCCGGCCCGGUACCGGACUCUGCCCCGCAGGAGCCACCUCUACCUGGGGGAGACCGUCCGCUUCCUUCUGGUGCUGCGAUGCAAGGACGCGGGGGGGACACCGACCGAGCACGGCCCCGCAGGGAGUGGUGACGGCAUCGCUGCCGGCUUUGGGACGGAGUCGGCCAGCAGCCGUGCGUGGCGGGAGCUGGCCGGCUCUCUGUGUGCCGUGGCUAGCGUGAGUCCAGGCGAGAGCAGCCGUCACCGGGGCAACCAUCACCACGACUACCAGAGCAGCGGGGACGAAGCCAACGAGGACGGUGAGGAGGACUACAUUGCAGCGGCAGAGGCGGCCAUCGCGGCGCUCGGCAGCAGGGUGGACUCCAGGUGUCGGAGCUUCAGGGACUGCAAACCGCUGCUCAUCCACAACUCAUCUGGGACGGCGGCGAGGGAGUUCCGCAGGGCGCCUGUUCAGUCUCCUCUAGACGAACCGGUGGUGUUGACGGAUGAAGUGAUCUUCCCUCUCACUGUGUCUCUGGACAAACUGCCUGUCAGCACCCUGAAAGUCAAGGUGAUGGUCACGGUGUGGAAGAGGGAGGCGGAGAAAGUGGAGGUGCAGGAGCUCGGCUACCUGAGCGUCCUGCAGCAACGAGAGCCGACACACACCUUCAGACACGACCUGAAUACAUUCAAGGCUCAAGUGAGCACCACGCUGACUGUCCUGCCGCCUCCCACCCUCCGCUGUAAGCAGAUGACCGUCUCUGGGAAGCACCUCGCUGUCCUCAAAGUGCUCAACGAGUCAUCUCAGGAGGAAGUGAGUAUUCGGGAUGUUCGGGUUUUACCAAACCUCAACGCUUCGUACCUUCCCAUGAUGCCAGAUGGCUCCGUUCUGCUGGUGGACAACGUUUGCCACCAAUCAGGCGAGGUUGGCAUGGCGUCUUACUGCAGGGUGGACAGCUUGGCCUGCCACCUUCCCAGCAUGCUCAGCGCUUUGGAGGAGCACGACUUCCUGUUUCAGCUGCACCUUAACGACAUGCCGCAGGACGACUCCAACGAGGGGUUAGAGGUUCCCCUGGUCGCUGUGCUGCAGUGGUCAACUCCCAAGAUGCCUUUCACCAACUGUAUCUACACUCACUACAGGCUGCCCAGCAUCCGUCUGGACCGGCCGCGGUUCGUGAUGACGGCCAGCUGCCCAAGCACCGUUAGGGUGAAGGAACACUUCAAGGUAAAAUACGUUCUGCUCAACAACCUGCAGGACUUCCUGGCUGUGCGGCUCGUCUGGACUCCAGACGGUCAAUGUCGCGGUCAGGGGGAGGACACGGCGCUGGCAGCUGUGGUCUGUCACACUCCUCUCAGUAACCUCGGUCACUGUCGGAAAGGAAGCACUCUGUCCUUCAGCGUGGCGUUCCAGAUCCUGAAACCAGGACUGUACGAGCUGAGUCAGCACAUGAAGCUGAAGCUGCAGUUCACAGCUUCGGUCUCCAACCCUCCACCUGACGCCCGGCCGCUGUCACGUAAAAACAGCCCGUCCAGCCCGGCGGUUCGAGACCUGCUGGACCGACACCAGGCCAGUCUGGGUCGGUCUCAGUCCUUCUCCCACCAGCAGCCGUCUCGCUCCCACAUCAUGAGGACGGGCAGCGCCAUGGAGCGGCGCGCCAUAACCCCCCCUGUUGGCUCUCCAGUCGGUCGGCCACUCUAUCUGCCGCCGCAGGACAAAACGCUGCUGUCGCUUGACAAGAUCGCCAAGAGAGAGUGUAAAGUCCUGGUGGUGGAUCCUGUCUGCUAGAGGGAGGGAGGGAAGGAGGCAGGAGGAAGAGAUUAAAGAAGAAAUAUGGAAAUGAAUGUGAACUUGAAAAACACCUGAAACACUCCAGGAUGAGCCUCGUAAAAAGAUUAGAGAGGGAGGAUUUACAGAGCAGAUUACACACUGGAGAGGAAGAUGAUCUCUUCUUCAACUUCUCAUCUUUAAAUUUCACUGGAACUGAAGCUUCAAACUGGAUUAAAAGACUUGAAUGAACAAACAGACACUGUACACACUGGUUUAAUGUACUGUAUUAUCAUAUUUCUGUAUUAUUUAAAGGUACACUGGAGCUGAGGAACGUUGCAGAAAUAAUCACACAGGAAGAGGAAGUUUUUAUCUUUGCUAAAUUCAACUUUUAUUCCAGUGUUAUUAUCAGGCGGAAAUGUGUCUAAUAUAAUGUAAUGAAACAUGUGACAGAAACACACUUCAGUUACCAUCAUCUCACAAUCUGAACUGUUUACAUCAUUAGUAUUGUUAGCCACGCUAGCUGCAAGCUGUCGGAUCAGACUGAAACAUCUCAACCAUUUCAUGCAUUCUUUUAUCAAUUUUACUUCACACAUUCUUGUUUCUUAGAAGAUUAAUUGUAAUAACUUUAAUGUCCUGACUUUUCAUGCUGCGCCAUCAUCUGGUCAAAUGUUUAAUGUGUCCAAUAUUUCAGUUUUAUGACCAAAUUUGUGCAAAGCUACUGACAUUCCCAUCAGCCUCAACUGUACUUAGUGUCUAGUGCUCACAGAGCUGCUAGCAUGGCUGUCGACUCUUUGUCUUGUUUUAAACCAUUUCAUGGUAGUUUUCAGAACCGAUGCUGUAUUAUUUAUUAGAUGUGUUCAUCUUAUAAAGGUGUGCCUUUUUGUGAGCGAAUGGAGAACCCCACAACAACAAACUAAAUAUACUGCAUGUGAGAAUUAAGUUGUAUUUAA